CCCGAGGUCUGAAUUCCACAUUGCCGAGACAGCAUGAACGCGAGCAGUAGAUAAGGGAGGACAUAGACGGAUAAGGACGGCUCUGCUAUGGUUCAGUUCUGACACUGCUUCAACAUUAACAGCACAGGCCGAGACAAGCUGUCUUCUGUUUAGAAUGAGUGAAGUCCAGUCCUUUGUGAAGCUUAAUGAAGAGAAGCUUAUACCGAAACCUGACAUCUUAACGCUGCUGAGAACCUACAACUGUUACCAUGACGGGAAGAACUUCCAGCUGAGGACUCGGGAGGAGGAUGGAGAGCUCCUCCUCGAGGGGCUGCUAAAUAUCUACUGGGGUCUUCGCCGACCAAUAAGACUUCAGAUGUUUGAUGACAAUGAAAGAUUUCGACUCAGCAGGAGUGAGAAGUCUUCUGUGGUUCAGCAGUCAUCAGCAGAGUCCAACAACAACUCCCUGAGCAGAGACUCCAGACCUGCUGGUGGUGAGUUGGGUGUUCAGGAGGAAGAGGACUCCCCCCAGCUGCUGAGGACCAGGAGCGAUGCUUCCUUCAUGCGAGUUCAGAGGAGGUCAAACACACACUCUGCCAGAGAUCUGCAGCGCCUGCGUGCACACAGGUUCUCCAUCAACGGCCACUUCUACAAUCACAAGACAUCAGUUUUUACUCCGGCCUACGGUUCAGUCACAAACGUGCGCGUUAACAGCUCCAUGACGACCGGACAAGUCCUCAACCUGCUGCUACACAAGUUCAGGGUGGAGAAUAAAGCAGAAGAUUUUGUUCUUUACAUGGUGCAUGAGUCUGGUGAAAGGAGCCGAUUAAAGGUAGACGAACGCCCACUGGUGACUCGUAUUCUUUACGGGCCGUGUGAGAAAAUAUCCAAGAUCUUCAUCACAGAGGCCGACCUUGGAGAGGAAGUUACGUAUGAUAUGUAUGGUGGUUCUUUCCUCCUGAAGAAAGGAUUUGAAGUUCACCAAACUUACAACCAUUUUCCAUCAUGUUUUCUUCGUGUCUGGUUCGAUGACGUGAAGCACAUUUGUAGUCCAGGACUUAUUUUCACACAAAAUCGAAAAUAGCGUUUUCCUAGUCUUUAAAAUUGACAGACAUCAUAUGUGAAAUCCAUGGCACAAAACAAGCGGCAUUAGAAAAUAGCGUUUUUAGCCCCAUUGACUUGCAGUCAUUUUUUCGUUCUUCUGGGGACCCAUGGUCCGGAAUUAGAUGGGUGUGACUUAGGCUCCUUAUUGUCUUAAAGCAGGUAAAGAGCUCAGUGGCGCGCGGUGAGGUCCGUGACUGGGGAGGCACUGACUGCUCUGGAGUCAGCCUUACAAAUACAUGAUACCAAAAUAGAAGCUUGUAUUUUAUUUUUGACAUUGAUUGAAGUUUUGUGUUGAUUUAAAUCUUGUUGGUUAUAAUUGAAUCAGGUUCAUACUAUUCAACAAAACACUAACUAGAAAAGUAAAAUAAUAUUUAAUAUUAGGGCAAGUUUGACUUAAAAUGUAUUCAUUAUUUAAGGAAUGAGCAGCCGCGCCUCUGUCAGUGCGCCCCAGGGCAGCUGUGGCUACAUCGUAGCUCAUCACCAUCAGUGUGUGAAUGUGUGUGUAAAUGGAUGAAUGAUACACUGUAGUGUAAUGCGCUUUGGAGUCCUUACUCUGAGAGGCGCUAUACAAGUGCGGGUCAUUUAUCAUUUGAUCAGGAAGCAGGUAAAUUCAGCGAUUUUGACUUUAAACAUGAUGAAAUCAUACAGAAAACUAAUCAUUAUUAGUAUUGUACUUGUCACUAUGACAAGCCUCUUCUGACUGUACGUCACUGAAAGAGCCCCCCCCCCCCCC